CAGUACUCAAAAGUGAUAACUACACAAAAUCCAAUGAUAGAUGCCCCUGCUUCCUCUCACAGUACUUCCUUCUUUCUUAUCAGAGCUUGGAACAAUAUCUGACGAUGUUCAUUGUUUCGGAGUGCAUUGUGGUAGAGGACUGGUCUCAAGAUCGACGACCAAAACUGCCGCCAAGAGGGCAAACAGUCAUGGCUACCAGAUUAGAAAGGGAACAGUAAUUGUCCUUGUACGAUGGUGCCAUGUGCAUCGCGAAGUGGUUACUACUGAUACGUUUGGUCUUGGCACUGAUCUGUCAAGUUAAUUUGUCCGUGGUAAUCAAAUGUGGCUUAUGUGACUAAAAGAUGCAAGAUUAACUGAAAAACUUGAUUUAUCUAUAUAACGUCACGCAGUUCUAUCCAAGCCCUCGUUAAGAUUGGUUUCGUCUUGCGAGAAGACAAUUCUAAACCACCCCUUCUUUUCCGAUCCAAAGUCCUUUCCUGAUGCAAGGAAGACCUUUUUCGCCAGUAGUCUUUGCGCAACGACAUCUCCGACAUCCCGUCCAUCAG